AUGGCGGGAGUCUAUGACACUCUUAAGGUAGUCAACUUUGAAAAACAUGAAGAGGUAACACAGUGGAAGGAUAAAAAUCCUGCCCUUUUCCUAAACCGCCUCCAGGAGGCCCUCACCCAGUUUACAAAACUGGAGCCCUACCAGGGCAGCAGUCUUGGCCUUCCACUUUAUUUCUCAGACAGCUCCAGAUGUCUCCUCUGGCAGCGAUACCUUUACCUCAAUCAUCUUAACUACACGGAAAAGACAGAUGCCUUUUCACCAAUUGGAAGCCUGGAAAAUUACUACCAUUUUUAUCACAGCAAAACAUUUAAAAGAUCAAUCUUGAGCAGCAGAGGACCCCAUAUCUUCCUGAGGAUGGACCCACAGGUAAAAUGGCUCCAACAACAAGAAGUUAAACUCAGGGUGAAGAGACAGGCACGGAACCACCACCCGGCCCUUCAGUUCAAUGACCCCAUUUGGUCCAACAUGUGGUACAUGCAUUGUGAUGACAAGAGCAGUCGAUGCCGAUCAGAGAUGAAUGUCCAGUCUGCAUGGAAGAGAGGCUACACAGGGAAAAAUGUGGUGGUCACCAUCCUUGAUGAUGGCAUAGAGAGGAAUCACCCUGACCUGGCCCCAAACUAUGACUCCUAUGCAAGCUAUGAUGUCAAUGGAAAUGAUUAUGACCCAUCUCCACGUUAUGAUGCCAGCAAUGAAAAUAAACAUGGUACUCGGUGUGCAGGAGAAGUUGCUGCCUCAGCCAACAACUCAUACUGCAUUGUGGGCAUCGCGUACAAUGCAAGGAUAGGAGGCAUCCGGAUGUUGGAUGGUGAUGUGACUGAUGUUGUGGAAGCAAAAUCACUUGGCAUUCGACCCAACUAUAUCGAUAUCUAUAGUGCAAGCUGGGGGCCAGAUGAUGAUGGGAAGACAGUGGAUGGGCCUGGCCGACUGGCCAAGCAGGCCUUUGAGUAUGGUAUUAAAAAGGGCCGGCAGGGCCUGGGCUCUAUUUUCGUCUGGGCAUCUGGAAACGGUGGGAGAGAGGGUGACUACUGCUCCUGUGAUGGCUACACCAACAGCAUCUACACCAUCUCUGUGAGCAGCACUACCGAGAAUGGCUACAAGCCCUGGUACCUGGAGGAGUGUGCUUCCACGCUGGCCACCACCUACAGCAGCGGCGCCUUUUAUGAGAGAAAAAUAGUCACCACGGACCUACGUCAACGCUGCACUGAUGGCCACACAGGGACCUCAGUCUCAGCCCCCAUGGUGGCAGGUAUCAUCGCCUUGGCUUUAGAAGCAAACAACCAGUUAACCUGGAGGGAUGUCCAGCACCUGCUGGUAAAGACAUCUAGGCCGGCUCACCUGAAGGCAAAUGACUGGAAAAUCAACGGUGCUGGUCACAAAGUUAGCCAUCUGUAUGGCUUUGGCCUGGUGGAUGCAGAAGCUCUUGUGGUGGAAGCAAAGAAAUGGAAAGCUGUCCCUUCCCAGCACAUGUGUAUCGCCACUGCAGACAAGAGGCCCAGGAACAUACCAGUGGUGCAGAUACUACGGACCACUGCACUGACCAGUGCCUGUGCCGAACACUCAGACCAGCGUGUGGUUUACCUGGAGCAUGUGGUAGCCCAGAUCUCCCUCUCACACCCACGCCGCGGAGACCUUCAGAUUCACCUCAUCUCUCCUAUGGGAACCAAGUCCCAACUUUUGGCAAAGAGAUUGCUGGAUCAUUCCAAUGAAGGAUUUACAAACUGGGAAUUUAUGACCGUGCACUGCUGGGGAGAAAAGGCUGAAGGUGAAUGGACCUUGGAAAUCCAAGACUUGCCAUCCCAGGUCCGCAACCCUGAGAAGCAAGGGAAGUUGAAGGAAUGGAGCCUGAUUCUGUAUGGCACAGCUGAGCACCCAUAUGAUACCUUCAAUUCCCAUCAGUCACGCUCGAGGAUGCUAGAACUUGCCACCCCAGAACUGGAGUCAUCCAAGGCAGCCAUGCUCCCAGCCCAGGCUGAGGUUCCUGAGGAGGAGGACUAUUACACAGCUCCUUCUACCCAAGACUCGCCUAAUAUCUUACAGCUGAGUGUGUGCCAUCCGGAGUGUGGUGACAAAGGCUGUGACGGCCCCAAUGCAGACCAGUGCUUGAACUGUGUGCACUUCAGCCUGGGGAGCACCAGGACCGGCAGGAAAUGUGUGAGCACAUGCCCCUUGGGCUACUUCGGGGACAUGGAAGCAAGGCGCUGUCGCCGCUGUCACAAAGGUUGCGAGUCCUGUUUGGGCAGAGCCCCCACCCAAUGCCUGUCUUGCCGCCGUGGGUUUUACCUCCACCAGGAGAUGAGCACCUGUGUGAGCCUGUGUCCAGUCGGGUUUUACGCUGACAAAAGUCAGAAAAGCUGCUUUAAAUGCCACCCAAGCUGUAAAAAGUGCACGGAUGAACCAGAGAUAUGUACCAUCUGUAAAGAAGGAUUCAGUCUUGCGAGGGGUAGCUGCAUUCCAGACUGUGAGCCGGGCACCUACUUUGACUCAGAGCUGAUUCUAUGUAAGGAGUGCCACCCCACCUGCCAGACCUGCGUGGGGCCUGGCAGAGAAGAUUGUAUUCACUGUGCGAAAACCUUCCACUUCCACGACUGGAAGUGUGUGCCGGCCUGUGGUGAGGGAUUCUACCCAGAGCAAAUGCCAGGCCUGCCCCACAAAGUGUGUCGAAGAUCCACAGUGCAGAUCUGCACCAUGAUGUUCCGGCUGAUGACUCUGAGCAACUUCCAGCAAGCAAAUGACCAGCUGGGGACUAGAGGUGGUAAAUUGUGUGAUGAGAAUUGUGCAAGCUGCGAGGGUUCCAGUAGGAAUUGCAGCAAAUGUAAGCUGGGCUUCACACAGCUGGGGGCAUCUUGCAUCACCAACCACACGUGCAGCAAUGCUGAUGAAACAUUCUGCGAGAUGGUGAAAUCGAACAGGCUCUGUGAGCGGAAACUUUUCAUUCAAUUCUGCUGCCGGACCUGCCUCUUGGCUGGGUAGUGGGUGCUGGCCCCUCUUGCCCACCUACCUUCACCAGUCUGGCAGAUGGAGCCUAUGCUUGGUGGACAGGGUGAACACCGUGGGUUUGGCAGCUUUGUUUCACCAGGCCAGGGCCUGCAGCAGCUCACACAAGGAGGUUGGGGGUAUUCAAGGAGGUGUUCUUCACAUGGUGAUACGCCUUGAGACUCUACUUCCUGGCUAUAUUCUUCUGGAAAACACAAAACAGGAACAAAAUGAAUUCUGGAAUCCGUAACUUCAGGUUCAGAGCAGCAUCUGGGACCAUAAGUUUACUGUAUCUUCAAGACCAAAGCAGAACAGAGAUACCCUUGGCAUAGCACGCAUCACCUUCUCAAACUUCUGUGCAGUGCAUUAGCAAUUCCUCUAGGCCACAUGGCUGCUUCCUUGUUUCUCUGCCUGCUGCAGGGCCAUCUGCCAGUCAGACUGUAAAUAAAAUAAAACAGAAUUGGGACAUAAAUGUUGACCACUGGGGAUGGAGUACUUAGAAAAUCACAUCCAAAUCCAGGAUCAAAAGAUACUACUACUUCCUUUCUUAACAGCUCUCUUGUAAGCUGAGGUGCUCACUGUACCAUGUCACCAUGUUCCUUCUGUGUCUCUGAGAGUCUUGUGGAUCUGACCCCCCAUGUGUCCUGAUGGAGAGCUUCUAGAAGGGAGCCCGAAGGAUGCUGGUCCAUGGUCUCUUCUGUAGGUCAUUUGGGGGUAGCGGGGAGCAAACACAGACAGCCUCGCCCGAAGGAUGCUGGUCCAUGAUCUCUACUGUAGGUCAUUUGUGGGUAGCCGGGAGCAAACACAGACAGCCUCAUGACUUGUAUUAUGGAAUUGCUUUUAGAAUAUACUUGGCCUCUAAUUUGUGAGAGACUUGUUCUUAAGGUGGAUGUUUCUGUGUCCUUGUGUAUCAUGAGCCUCUGCAGGAUACAUGGGCUUGUUUCUGCCAAUCCUGUGUAGAUAGUUUACAAACUGUAUGUUCUAAUUCUUAAUGAUCUGAAUUCUGUUGGUGAAUAUUGCAUACAUUUUCAUUGAAAGGCAUAUAUUUUCUUGAUGAGUUCCCUUUAAUACGGGAAUAACAUUUGCCUUAAGCUUCCUUCAUGUUGUUUUCCUCUGUCUCAUCCUGUUCCCUUUGUUUAACUCUAAAGCCCUUACCUUGUCGCCUGUGAGUUGGAAAGAACAAAAAUGUUGUUCAUCUGCAACUCUUGGGGGGGAGGGGGAACAGCAAAUACAAUGUUAGGACCACAUUAAUAAAGACAUUAACAUCCCAUGGCAAGGAAGCCUGUAUUUCUUUCAGGCCAUAAUAAUUAAACGUGGAUUCUGAACGUCGUGUGAAA